CCCGGAAGCGGACCGUCCUAGUCGGCUCUGGUCUCCGUUCUGGUCUCGGUUCUCCGUCAUGUCGUGGAGAAGCUGCUCGGUUCUGCUCAGACUCUGCGGGGGAUCCGGCUCCGGGGCCAGCAGGGGGCCUCAGCCUCACAGCCUGCAGCGGCGCUGCGGCUUCAAGAAAGCUGCCAGGAAACCCGACACCAAGAGGGCGGAGGAGGAGCUCGGCCCCGCCCCCUCGGAGCUGGAGGCCGCCGCCCAGCGACGGAGCCCCGCCCACUCAGAGCCGGAGGCCGCCGCCCAGCGGAGAAGCCCCGCCCCCCACCGGGACCCGCCGCCCGGCACGCCGAGAAACUUCGGCCGCCUCGUCCGGCCGCUAAUCUUCACCGUGGGGUUCACAGGCUGCUCGUUCGGCUCGGCAGCGAUCUGGCAGUACGAGUCUCUCAAGUCUCGGGUCCAGAGCUACUUCGACGAGGUGAAAGCUGAUUGGCUGGAGAAGGUGCGGCCGCAGAAACGAGGAGACUUCCGCAAAGAGAUCAACCAAUGGUGGAGCAGCUUGACGGAGGGACAGAAGACGGUCUCAGGGAUCAUUGCUGCCAACGUCGCGGUCUUCUUCUGCUGGAAGGUUCCGUCUCUUCGCCGCGUCAUGGUCCAGUAUUUCACCUCAAACCCCGCCUCCAAAACGCUGUGCGCUCCGAUGCUUCUCUCCACCUUCAGCCACUUCUCCCUCUUCCACCUGGCGGCCAACAUGUACGUGCUGUGGAGCUUCUCCAGCAGCGCCGUGUCCAUGCUGGGCCGCGAGCAGUUCAUGGCCGUCUACCUGUCGGCAGGCGUCGUCUCCACGAUGGUCAGCUACCUGUGUAAGACGGCCGCGGGCCGGCUGGGCCCGUCGCUCGGAGCGUCCGGCGCCAUCAUGACCGUCCUGGCUGCCGUCUGCACCAAGAUGCCUGAAGCCAAACUGGCCAUCAUCUUCCUGCCCAUGUUCACCUUCACCGCCGGCAACGCGCUGAAGGCCAUCGUUGCCAUGGAUACGGCGGGCGUGGUCCUGGGCUGGAGGUUCUUCGACCACGCGGCCCAUCUGGGCGGAGCCAUGUUCGGCGUGUGGUACAUCCUGUUCGGACACGAGCUGAUCUGGAAGAACCGGGAACCGUUCGUCAAACUGUGGCACGACCUGAGGACGAGAGGGGGCGGGGCCGGAGGAGGAGCUGGGGGAGGAGCCUAGCCCAGGGGGCGGGGCUUGGGGGUGUAUAAAGUGUACAGAAACAGCAUCUUCUUCCUCCUCUAAGAACUGAACCGAACCAGAACUGCUGGUUCCUGGAGGUCCAGAAGGUUCCUGGUGGUCCAGACCUGUUGGUUCCUGGUCCAGGAGUCUGGUUCAGGGUUCAGGUUUCUGGUUCUGGUUCUGGUUCUGGUUCCUGGUCCAGGACCUUCAGGUUCCUGGUCCAGGUUACCCGGUCCAGGACCAGGUCCUUGUUCUCUCUUCUGUUGUUUAUGUUCGUUUCUUUGUUGGUUUUUCUUUCAAUAAAACUGUUAAACAAACGA